AUGGAGACUUGUGAUUUGAAGGUGAAUACAUGUUGCAAGGAAUGUGCCUUUAAAAUAAAGGAAAAGUUACAGGAACUAAAUGGAGUGAAUUCUAUCAGUACAAUACAUGAAGAAAAGGAGAUGGUGCAAGAUACUAAUGAGAAAGAAGCACAUGGUGGCAUAAAUGAAGAAAAAGAGGUGGUAACAUAUACCAAGAGGAAGGAUACUCGUUGUGCUAAACUAUUCAGAAGGCGAAUAUCAAGGCUCGGGAAAAUGGCCGGGUUUCUUGUUUCCUACAAGAUCAAGAACCUUCUGGGUGCCCCAAAGAUAUCUAAGCCUUCUGCAAAUCAAGCACCACCAUUCAACAGCGUUCCAAAUGAUUACAAAAAAAAAAUCGUUUCCAGGGCAAGAAACUGCCAAUACUGCAGUGAGAGUGAUAAUUCCGAUUGCGAUGAAGAUGAACGCACCUAUAAUAAUGUGCCAAGAAGGGCGCCUAAGGGUACCAUGUAUAGGCCUCAUCCUCCACUCGCGCUUGUUCACCAGGUAAGGCCGAGGCCAUAUAUUUACGCGAACAACUGGGGAAGACCACCACCACCACAGCCGCCCUUAUUGCCGCCGCCGCCUCCCCCAUAUGGGUACCAAAACCCUUAUGGUUACAAUUUGAUGCCGCCGCCACAUUUAUAUGGUUACCAAAAUAACCCUUACAAUUACAACUUCAUCAACGGAAUGGUGCCCCAGCCUCUGUAUCCUUAUUAUUAUGGUCAGAAACCAAGGGAUCCCCCAGUUGGCAACUCAUUCAUCCAUUUUUUAAGCGAUGAUAACACAGCUAGUAGUUGCAGUCUAAUGUAA